AUGGCGGGACUAAUGGACGCGGGCCUGUUGCCCACCAUCAAAUGCUCCAACUGUGGGAUGAGUGUCGAGAUCUCGGAGAUGGGAGAUCAUGUCUGCAAACCUGGGCCAGCACCUCCAUCUCCGCCCCCUCCAUCGCCUCCCCCGAAGUCCGACUCUGCGACAGUCUCGACACACUUGAGGAACCCGUCUGGACCCAGGCUGGGACGACCGGGGCCUCCACCGCGCAUCGAUCCCUUAUUAGCGAAUCGACCGUUCUUGCACCCCAACGAAGAUCUAUCAAAGAGUGAAAAGGACUCUCUGACCCCAUCUCCACUUUCAGUAUCAACAGGACAACGGUCGCCAUAUUUGCAGCAAAGGAACCGCAUCUCCCCCUUUCUGGAUGAACCUGAUUCCCCUGAUGUGAUCAAACCAGUUGGCGAUUUGCCGGCCUUCCCCUUGCCACGAUCGAUGUCCAAAAAACGAAAUGCUUCUCUGUCUCAGUUGCAAAUAGCCCAAACCGCACCACCAGUGCCCUCCCCACAAUUUGCCCAUGCGAUGGGUAGAGAGGCUCCGCUGCCUCCACAGAGUGCGCGCCUGUCAGGGUUUGAGAGAGGACGUUCCCCCCCGCCUUCGACGAAACAACACGAUGUACCUCCUGCUCAAGCAUUCACCCAUAGACAUGGAGACUCGAUUGACAGCAGGAGUAGUUACGGAACAUCCGCCGCGAGUACUCGGUAUGGCGAAAACAGCUCCAAGCGAUCGACUGCCAUGUCCAGUCGACGACCCUCAUUCGGAAGUAUUGCUCAAGAGUCACAUCAAUAUACGGAAGAGGCAUCAUCUGUCCGCGCAACCCAUCUAGAACCCUUGAUUGAGCAUUCGUCCUCAGUCGAGCAAUCAGCUGGGACGGAAAGUCAGAAGCAUGACGCAAAGGGCAACAGCUUCAGCGGCUUCGAUUUCGGGGUAGCAACCGCCGAGAAACCAUUUCCUGAUCCAUUGCGUGUAUCAUCUCACACGCAUUCAGACCGUCUUAGCAGCACGCGAGGCUCCGCUGAGCUCUUCUUCCGAAGCCCAUCGCAGAGUUCGUUUGGCUUGCCCGCUGACUGGCUUGAUCCCGCUGAAGCACGAUCGUCAUCCUCGUCCUCCGCCAACGUGUCAUACAAAGCAUUCCGCCCCUCAGGGCCAGACCUUCUACAACCCGCCGUCCCGCAAUCUGAGCCCAAGGAGGUGUCGAGGGAAGGCACACAUGCGAGCAGUGAAAGCAAUACCUCUGUUUCCAAGUUUGCUCGUGCUCUAGGACUCGAUUUUCCCGAUGCGGCAGACAACUCGACUUCUUCUGAGUCGUCGCCCUCUGAAACACGAAGCGGAACCUCGAUUUCCAGUCUUCCUUCGGAAGCGAGCCUGUCAAGACGAAAGCCGUCAGAGACGAGCCGACUGGGAGUCGUCGAAGAGCUGCAGGCGAAGGGUAAUCCGCAAACAAUGCUGCCCGAAACCGAGCAGACCGAAAGUCCUAUUGAUCUCGAACCCCCACGAAUUCCAGCUUCACUUUUCAGUCCCGACUCCCCAACCGACCCAGCCAUCAGUCAAGGCAGUUUGUCAUUGGUGGCAGAAAAGGCACCCAAAAUUCCUCAGCAACCGCGCGAACCUCGAGUACCUCACGAAGCUCACGGAUCUCGAGACGAGCCUCCAGUACGGCCCACGAUUACUCGAUCGGCGACAGAGCCCCCCGUUCGACCGCCAACUCGUUCAAAAGGGCGUUGUAGGGGAUGCGGCGAGGCGAUUUUGGGAAAAUCAGUAUCGUCCAAGGAUGGCCGCCUGACUGGGCGAUACCACCGCGAAUGUUUCGUUUGCUGUCAUUGCCGAUCACCAUUCGAGACGGCCGAUUUCUACGUCCUGAAUGACCGCCCAUACUGUGCGCAGCACUAUCACGAACUGAACGGAUCCCUUUGCAGUGCAUGCAACAAGGGUAUCGAAGGCCAGUACCUCGAAACGAACGAGAGAAGCGGCCCUGGGCCGGCGGAUCACAAAAAGUUCCACCCCGAAUGUUUGACCUGUCGAACCUGCUGGAUUCCUCUGAAGGGCGAGUACUUUGAAUGGAACGGCAGAGUAUACUGCGAACGCGAUGCUCGUCGGGCUGCUGCGUCCAUGUCGCCCCAUCGCAUGCGCCGACCGACCCUACCAUCCUCCCCGUUGGCGGCACAUCCCCCCAACUACCCCCCGAUGCCUUCGGGGUAUCCACGCAGCCCUGGCCCUGGCCCUGGCCCUGGUCCUGGCUUGGGCCCAGGUCCUGGUCCUGGCUCUCGUCGCCCUCCCGGAAUGUUGGAUGUGCCACGUGGGCCUUCCCCUGCGGGCGCCCGACGGUUCCCGGAAAGGCGGACGACCCGGUUAAUGAUGACAUGA